GUUCACUAUCACGAACGAGGUGGAGUGAGUAAGUCACGAAUGCUUACAUGAUCCCUCCUGACUAGAAUGCAAUUUCUACUGGACUUUGCACUGACCUAAAAGAGGUUCUUCAUUCUCGGGAUAACAAUAAAAUCGUGCAGAAACAUGGUAAGCUAUUAAUCCAACAUUAAUCAAAAAAAUGAAAAGUUACAUUGUUUUAUGUGUCAUUCCAACUUAUUAUCAUUUUGAGUUUAUCUUCAGAUGCAUGGGCUACUUACACUUUAUUUGCCUUUGUUGACAGAAUAAUGUUCUAUUAAAUAAAUGUGGAGGAUGCAUAGAGCCUAGUCUAUAUUUUGUGAUAAUAUAGUUCUACACCAUUUACAAGCGCUAAAAUGUGUUUUAGGCUAAAUUAUAUUUUGUUUGAGCAUUCACCCUGGGGGUGCAUCUCAAUAGUCUAAAGUAGGUUCCUCUCCUCACCCCUGUCCCUUCGCUUGUAGCCUAGUGAUUUCAAAGAACUCGACGGACAGGUAAGAUGAAAUUCCACAUGCUAUCUCUGGCUUUAUCCUACAUUUUAGUUUUCAGACAUUGCGCAGAUUAUGGGGAGGAGACGGAGAGAGGAAGCCACUUUAGUUUAUUGACACACACCCCAGCAUAUAUCCUUGCCUACCUGGAGGUCGUUGAUGACACAUUACCACACCUGCAGGAUAAAAAUGUAAUCAUAAGAUUUACUUACUGUUAAUUAAACACAGACAACAUAUUGACGAUAAUAUUAAUUUGAGUUUUCAAAGCGAACACAGUGCAAUCAAAUGUGGAAUUGAUAUGACAAAUACAUAGAUACAAUUUAUUUGAAAGGGGAUAUUUUUUAUCCUAAUAUUUUGUUAAAUAAAAACAUAAAUAAAUACCACCCCAUGCAUUAUUUUACUGUAGCAAAAUACAUUCAUAAAAAAAUGACAGCUGACAGACAAACACACACACACACACUUUCACACUCAUAUGCUAAUACUACUCUGUUCUUUAUUUCUACCUAUCCUGACGCCUAGCUACUUUACCCUGCAUUUAUCUACAUAUCUACCUCAAAUCAUUUGUACCCCUGCACAUUGAUCUGGUACUGGUACAUAGCUUCAUUCUUGUGCAUUUUAUUUCUUGUGUUACUGUUUUUGUUAUAUAUAUAUUUUUAACUGCAUCAUUGGGAAGGGCUCGUAAACAAGCAUUUCACGGUAAAGUCUAUACCUGUUGUAUUCGGCGCAUGUGAUAAAUACAAAUUUGAUUUGCUUGGUUCACAGUUCUUCCUUUUUUAGAGUGCAAUAUUCCAACCUUGACCUCUGUAAUCUUUUUUGUCAGAAACAAAAAAAGUAGGGUGAAGUUGCCCUUAUAGAUGCUGAUCUGGGGUUAGUUUUUUGCAUUUCACUCACUAAUGGUAAAGGUUAGGAUUGAGGGAGGGGAAGCUGAUCCUAGAUCUUUACCUAUGAGAAACUUCACCCAGGAGCAAAACUCACAUUCUACCACUUCUUCUGUCUGACAAAGGUUCUCUUAAAAUCACAAGGCACGUUUAAACUAUGUUAGAAAUUCUAUUCCAAGUGGUUACAGGUUGAGUGAGAUGUUCAACAUUUCUGAGGAUGAUAUCAAUGUCUUGAUUCAAUUAUGAGAUCGUCCUGAAAAGGGGCGACAGCUACAAGCAGGAGGCAUCAUUAUGUUUACAACAUGUUGUGGUGGUGCGGUAAAUGCACUAUCCGGUUCAUAUGUUUUUUAACCCAGUUCAUAUCAGUUUUCAACACAAAAUACACAGGAUUGUUAUGAUGUUGAAAACAUCGCAAGCUCUUGUUUCAUACAGUUCUGUUAAAUCGCAGUGUUUUAAAUAUCAUAACAAUCCUGUGUAUUUUGUGUUAAACUCAUAUGAACUUUGUUGAAAAACAUUAACUGGAUACUGCAUGUAUCGCGCCACAAAAGUGUUUUAUAAAUAAUGUUGUAUUUAUUUCAUGCUCCAUCUCUCUCAGCCUGAGAAAAACAGUCAGCUGCACCAGGUUCAGGAGGAGGCAGAGGAGGUGAAGGUCAUCAUGAUGGAGAACAUGGAGAAGACUGAGGAACGCAAGGAGAAAGUGCAGGACCUUGACGAAAGGGCUGGGGAACUGAAGUUGAAGGUGAGACUGGGACUGCUAUUUUGUUUUAUAUAUAUAUAUAUAUAUAUAUAUAUAUAUAUAUAUAUAUAUAUAUAUAUAUAUAUAUACAGUUGAAGUCGGAAGUUUACAUACACUUAGGCUGGAGUCAUUCAAACUCGUUUUUCAACCACUCCACAAAUGUCUUGAUAACAAACUAUAGUUUUGGCAAGUUGGUUAGGACAUCUACUUUGUGCAUGACACAAGUAAUUUUUCCAACAAUUGUUUACAUACAGAUUAUUUCACAUAUAGUUCACUGUAUCACAAUUCCAGUGGUUCAGAAGUUUACAUAUACUAAGUUGACUGUGCCUUUAAACAGCUUGGAAAAUUCCAGAAAAUGAUGUCAUGGCUUUAGAAGCUUCUGAUAGGCUAAUUGACAUCAUUUGAGUCAAUUGGAGGUGUACCUGUGGAUGUAUUUCAAGGCCUACCUUCAAACUCAGUGCCUCUUUGCUUGACAUGAAAAGAAAUCAGCCAAGAUCUCAGAUUUUUUUUUUUAGACCUCCACAAGUCUGGUUCAUCCUUGGGAGUAAUUUCCAAAUGCCUGAAGGUACCACGUUCAUCUGUACAAACAAUAGUACACAAGUAUAAACACCAUGGGACCACCCAGCCAUCAUACCGCUCAGGUAGGAGACGCGUUCUGUCUCCUAGAGAUCAACGUACUUUGGUGUGAAAAGUGCAAAUCAAUACCAGAACAACAGCAAAGGACCUUGUGAAGAUGCUGGAGGAAACGGGUACAAAAGUAUCUAUAUCCACAGUAAAACGAGUCCUAUAUCGACAUAACCUGAAAGGCCACUCAGCAAGGAAGAAGCCACUGCUCCAAAACCGCCAUAAAAAAAGCCAGACUACGGUUUGCAACUGCACAUGGGGACAAAGAUUGUACUUUUUGGAGAAAUGUCCUCUGGUCUGAUGAAACAAAAAUAGAACUGUUUGGCCAUAAUGACCAUCGUUAUGUUUGGAGGAAAAAGGGGGUUUCUUGCAAGCCGAAGAGCAUCAUCCCAACCGUGAAGCACGGGGGUGGCAGCAUCCUGCUGUUGGGGUGCUUUGCUGCAGGAGGGACUGGUGCACUUCACAAAAUAGAUGGCAUCAUGAGGAAGGAAAAUGAUGUGGAUAUAUUGAAGCAACAUCUCAAGACAUCAGUCAGGAAGUUAAAGCUUGGUCGCAAAUGGGUCUUCCAAAUGGACAAUGAUCCCAAGCAUACUUCCAAAGUUGUGGCAAAAUGGCUUAAGAACAACAAAGUCAAGGUAUUGGAGUGGCCAUCACAAAGCCCUGACCUCAAUCCUAUAGAAAAUGUGUGGGCAGAACUGAAAAAGCGUGUGCGAGCAAGGAGGCCUACAAACCUGACUCAGUUACACCAGCUCUGUCAGGAGGAAAGAGCCAAAAUUCACCCAACUUAAUGUGGGAAGCUUGUGGAAGGCUACCCGAAAUGUUUGACCCAAGUUAAACAAUUUAAAGGCAAUGCUACCAAAUACUAAUUGAGUGUAUGUAAACUUCUGACCCACUGGGAAUGUGAUGAAAGAAAUAAAAGCUGAAAUAAAUCAUUCUCUCUACUAUUAUUCUGACAUUUCACAUUCUUAAAAUAAAGUGGUGAUCCUAACUGAUCUAAAACAGGGAAUUUUUACUAGGAUUAAAUGUCAGGAAUUGUGAAAAACUGAGUUUAAAUGUAUUUGGCUAAGGUGUAUGUUAACUUCCGACUUCAACUGUACACUUCCAAUUCAGAUAAAACAUUUUUUACAGUGAACAUCACUUUUUCACAUAAAAGCUGUUCAGACCUCACUCUGGCCAAGCCUGCCACUGACCUGAGGUCCUUUUUGAUGUUCAAGAUACAGUGGUGUUAUUACAUUGUCAUAAUGGUAUAUUUUAACUUUGGGAUGUGGUUGGUUUGUUUGUUUGUUUAGAGCAAGUCCUUCCACAAGACCUCAGUGAAGGCGCAGAAGCAGAUGAAAUGUGACAACGUCAAGGCUAACUGGAAGCUCAUUGCUGUUGUUGCAGCCAUGGCCCUGAUUAUCAUUAUUGUUGCCCUCAUUAUGUUGGUCGACAAAAAAUCGAGCCCUGAAAUCACACAUGAAAGUGGCAUUACCCCAAUACACGAAAAAGGCAUUACACCAACAACCAUUGAGCCUGGGAUGUAGGCUAGCCUAGGACCAACAUGGCUGAAGAGGAAACAAAUAGUUGAUGAUUUACUUGUCCUCAUACACCCAUAGGAGACUCCUACUUAUGCAUUAGGGAAGAGAUAAUGUAUUAGGUGCAACACUCAAAGAAUCCCAUUAUUCCGAAUUUUUUUGGGAUUAACAAUUACCUGUAAACUAUCUGAUAAUAUUGAAAUCAGAAAUGGUAAGACAUUAGGGGUGAUGAAAUGGAUUGGAUCUAUUUCCUUUAAACAAUUUAUAAUGUAUUACUGUACAUCUUGGGAUACAUAAUUAAUGUUAACCUGAAUAACCUCACAUCUUCAAUGAGACAAUUCAUUUACCAAACAGUUAUGUCCAGACAUAAAUGUGUUUGAAGAUAUUGGCUAUUAUUUUUACUGGAGGUACACACCUACCAUUUACUCUCUGUCAUUCUUGAAGAUUCCUUAUAGGCUAGUUGAUAGAUGUCACAUGUUGACAAAACAAGGCAUUGCAUUGACAAGAUCAGGCUUAUAACUGUGCCAAAAGAAUCGGCAUCUUUUAACAUGCAACACAAUUCUCAUAAAAGAGACUAAAGUCCCUCAUAUAAUGCUAAACAAUUGUUACAUUUGAUUUAUAGUCACAUUAGAUAGACAACAGCAGUAAUAGUUAUUUGCUGUAAAUUAUGGUGCUGUCACUUCUCUUGAUUGCAAAAUAACUGACGUUUGCAGCGUAAAGACUAUAUGAGAUUAUAUUGUGUACAAUGACACCAGCUCGACCCUUUUAUGUAACUUUUAAACAGUCAGCAGGAAUUCCCCAAUAGACAGCUGUGUCUUGUUCAUUGAACAGAUUAAUGGAGUCUAAUAAAAUAUUUAUUGAUAUCAUCUUGCAUUUUAUCCAGUAAAUUAAAGCUCAUAGAAAAUGUACAUGAA